AUGAAGCUUGUAUUCUUAUUCCUUCUCGUUGUGGUUGGGAUUGUGAGUGCCUGGAGCUCCGAAGAUUACGAAAUAUUUAAACUCAAUGACAAGGUGCGUCAAGUGUUGGGUCCAGAAGUCAACUUCUACCAGUGGUUCAAUUUGACAAAAGGACCAAAAUCAACCCCAGUGGAGAUCAAAAAGGCGUAUAGAAAAUUGUCAAAAGCAUUGCACCCUGACAAAUUCAGCUCCAAUGCUGCAAGAAAGAAAGCGGAAGAAAAGUAUGCUAUUUUGUCGUCGGUUAACAAUAUCUUACGGGAUGCUGCAAGAAAAGAAAGAUAUGACUACUUUUUAAGCAAAGGCUUCCCAAAGUGGAAAGGGACAGGGUACCUUUAUUCCAAGUUCAGACCAGGGUUGGUUUUGACUGUGGUUGUUGUUUAUAUUCUCGUUGGUGCAUUGCACUAUUUUGCUUUAAAAAUAAACAGAAGGCAGAGUUUCAAAAGGGUUGCUGAGUACAAGAACCAGAUCAAAAACCAGGCCUGGAAUGGGUCCAUAGUACCACCUUCAGAUGGAUCGGAUAGAAGGCUUGUCAAUCAGGAAAACAACACUACAUUUAUCGUUAAAAACACAGGUGAUGUCUAUGUUGAAGACGACGAAGGACUGCAUUUAGUUGAUGAGUAUGACAUCAAUGUGCAUCCAACUUUUAAAGACACAUUGUUUUUCAAAGUGCCUGCAAAGUUGUACAACUUGACAUUGGGGAAAGUAUUGACACCAAUCAGCACAGCAGUCACAUACAAGAAACCAGUUGCAAAAGUUAAUGACGAAGACCAAGUUGAAUUUGUGAAAAAGAAAAAGAGUAAAGGGAAAAAGAUGGAAUUACCAAACGGAAAAGUAGUAUAUAGUAGAAAGAAAUAG